UGGCGCCAGAAAUCAAGGGUUUAGUGAGCGAGGCUCCAACGUGUCUGUGUGUGUGUGUUUGUGUGUUUCAACUGGCGGAUACUUAACCGUUAACUGCGCAAUGCUGACGGCACCGUAAGCGUUAGACGCUUCAAGGCAAAAGAGCGGCUCACGUUUGUGCGGGUGGAAGGUCUGUUUUGGAGCCAAGAUGGUGAUACUACGCAGCAGCAGCGGCGGUGCCGGAGCCGAAGCCGGAGCCGGAGCCGAGCCGGCGACAACUCCGAAGAGGAGGUCGACGGAGUUGGAUACGAGCUCCGAAUUUCUGUCGUUGUUUCCCGCGUCCGACAGAAAGUCCCCCCGGGUGACUCGGUCCUCCCGGGCCCUGGACGACAGCGUCGGCAGCUGUCAGAACGGCACCAAUGGACAUGCAGACAUGAUGCAGGAUGAGGAGAGUGGUCUCCAUCACUCCCCGAGGACCAGAGGACAGAGGAUGAAGCAAGAGGUCUCCUUUAGUGACGUGGAGCCCAAAAACAGCGUGCCUGUGAGCGAGGACAAGGCUAGAGGCUGCUGCACCAGGAAAUCUUCCAGGCUGCAGACAGAGGGACAAGCAUCCAGCGACAAGCAACAAGCAGAUGUUCCAGAUGAACUGGAGGGGUCGUCCACUCCAAAGAGGAGCCGCUUUAACCUACAGAGCCGAGAAGUGGAGGAGGAAGAGGAGGAGGAGGAGGAGGAGGAGGAUCGCUCAGUGCGACGUAGCUCCCGAAUUACGAGAUACAAACUGGAUUCCCGCAACCAGUCAGUGCUCUACGAUCGCCUCAUCACCAACACUGCUGAAGCUGUACUCCAGAAGAUGGACGACAUGCAGAAGAUGAGACGGAGACUGAGGAGCAGAGAUAGAGACACCAAAGAAGAGCUUGGUGUCUACACUAGGGCCCAGAUGCGAAGGUCUCUUAGGACGAAUGUGGAGAGUAAAGACGCAGAGGAGGAGGCGCACCAAGGAGGUGAUGAAGAUGAUGAUAAUGAGGAAGAAGAGGAAGACAGAGAAGACGAUGACGACAAUGAUGAUGAAGAUGAUGAGGACGAAGAUGCAGAGGAUGAGGAAGAAGAAAACCAAAGGCGUUAUGACUUCAGACAGCGCAAGACCGUGGUUCGCUACCAGGCCCCACAGGAUGAACCCAGAGAGCCCAGGAAGCGCAGCAUGUACUUCAAGGAGCACUCGUCUCCCACCAGACGCAGGUUCAGAUUUAGCUCCACGGCCCCCAGGAGUCCCUACAACAGGCGAAGAAGCAGCCGAAGGAGACAUGCCAUCCACAGUAGCGACUCUACUUCCUCAUCUUCGGAUGAUGAGAAAUUCCAGCGACGAAGGAGUAAGAACAGGAGCCGGUCAGUCAACAGAUGUCUACCAAUGAACCUUGUGAAGGAAGACCUGCUGGGAAUCCAGAAGGACAGGAUGAAGAUUGGAUCCAGCCUCGCUGAUGUGGACCCCAUGCAAAUAGACAGGACGGUGCGCUUUGACAGCAUUGGAGGUUUGAGUAGACACAUCUCGUCGCUGAAGGAGAUGGUGGUCUUCCCUCUCCUCUACCCAGAAGUCUUUGAAAGGUUCAAGAUUCAGCCACCCAGGGGCUGUCUAUUUUAUGGUCCCCCGGGCACGGGGAAAACCCUUGUUGCCAGAGCACUGGCCAAUGAGUGUAGUCAGGGGGAAAGAAAGGUGUCGUUCUUCAUGAGAAAAGGAGCCGACUGCCUCAGUAAGUGGGUUGGAGAAUCUGAGAGACAGCUACGCCUGCUGUUUGACCAGGCCUACCAAAUGCGUCCCUCCAUCAUCUUCUUCGAUGAGAUUGAUGGUUUGGCUCCAGUCAGGUCCAGUCGCCAGGACCAGAUCCACAGCUCCAUUGUGUCGACCCUCCUGGCUCUUAUGGAUGGAUUAGAUGGUAGAGGAGAGGUUGUAGUGAUCGGAGCCACAAACAGACUGGACUCCAUCGACCCAGCUCUUAGAAGACCAGGACGCUUUGACAGAGAGUUCCUCUUCGGCCUGCCUGACAGAGAGGCCAGAAAGGACAUUCUGAAGAUCCACACCAGACUGUGGACCCCUCCACCUUCUGACACUUUUCUGGAGGAGCUGGCAGAGAAAUGUGUUGGUUAUUGUGGCGCCGACAUCAAGGCAGUGUGUUCAGAGGCUGCCCUUUGUGCACUGCGCCGUCGCUACCCACAAAUUUAUUCCUCAUCACAGAAACUUGUACUUGAUGUCAACUCCAUUGCCAUCGCAAGCAAAGACUUUAUAUCUGCCAUGUCUAAGAUGGUGCCAGCUGCCCAGAGGGCGGUAGUGUCACCGGCUAAGGCCCUGAUCCCUGCCAUCCGUCCUCUGCUGAGCGCUGCCCUGCAGAACAUCCUGCACAUGCUCAGCAGAGUGUUCCCGCAUGCUGAGCAGGGCUUAAAGAGGAAGAGAGGACAAGAUCUAGCCUGUGUUGUGUCUGAGGAUGAUCUGAUGUUCAGUGAGGAUGAGGAUGAAGAAGUCUGCCUCAACGGACAGACCCUUCACUCUCAACUCAAAACACCUGCUGCCAAGACACUCCUCAACCUCAACAGAUGUGUGCUAAGCCAGCCGACGUCCUACCGUCCCAGAAUGCUAUUGGAGGGCAGACCGGGCUCGGGUCAGAGCUCCCACCUGGCUCCUGCUGUCCUCCACGCUCUGGAGAAGUUCACCGUGUACACCCUGGACAUGGCUGUGCUGUUUGGAGCCAGUGCAACUGCACCAGAAGAGACCUGUGCUCAGAUUUUUGUUGAAGCCAAGCGGACCUCUCCCAGUGUCCUGUACAUCCCUCACAUCGGUCAGUGGUGGGAGACGGUUGGUCCUGCCCUAAAAGCCACCUUCCUCAGCCUCCUCAGCUCGAUCCCCGCCUUCUCUCCUAUUCUGCUGCUGGCCACCUGCAACCUGCAAUAUGACCAACUCAGUAUAGAGGUUCAGGAGUUGUUUCGGAUGGAGUACGGUGAGGUUUUCCACAUCCAGUUCCCCACCAGCAGAGAAAGAAGAAACUUCUUUGAGGACCUGAUCCUCAACCAGGCUGCUAAGGCCCCGAACUCAAAAAAGAAAGCUGUGCUCCACGCGUUGGAGGUGCUCCCUGUCGCCCCGCCACCACCUCCACGUCAGCUGACUGAAGAGGAGAAUCAAAAAUUGGAGGAGCUGGAGGAGGACACCCUCAGGGAGCUCCGCCUCUUCCUGCGAGAUGUCACCAACCGACUGUCCCAGGAUAAACGUUUCAAGGCGUUUACGAAGCCUGUGGAUUUAGAGGAGGUUCCAGAUUACGCUGAGGUGAUCAAGAAGCCGAUGGACCUGUCAACCGUUCUCUCUAAGAUAGAUCUUCAUCGGUAUGGGACAGCAAAAGAGUUCGUCCAAGAUGUGGAUCUCAUCUGGCAGAAUGCCCUUGAAUACAACCCUGACAGGGACCCCUCAGACCGUCAGAUCCGCCACAGAGCAUGUGCAUUGAAGGACACUGUCCAUGCAAUCAUUAGAGAUGAACUGGAUGAAAAUUUUGAGAAGAUUUGUGAGGAGAUCAAAGCAUCACGCAGCACCAGAGGUUCCUCUACUGCCCAGUUUGCUCCCUCCUAUUACCAUGUGCUUCCCAAACAGCUCAAAUCUCCUUCUGAGGCCAAGGUCACAGACAUGACCCCGCAAAGAGAUCAGACCGGCGCCACAGUUGCUGUUACCCUGAAUACAAGUGCCUCUGCUGUUACAACACCUAAAUCUACAGGCCAGAGGAAGAAAAGGAGGAAGAGUCGCUGGGCCACUGGCUUAUAUUCAAAGAAGAAGUCCUCUUCUUCUCCUCAUGUGUCCAGAGAUGACACACAGUUAGGGUCUGAUGAGGAGGAGGAAGAUGGAGAUGAGGAGGAGGAAGCAGGAGCAGAGCAUGAUGAAGCGACUGGAGAAGAGGUGGAUGUAGAGUCAGGUCCUGCAGAAGUUCAGGAAGGCAGAGCAGGGACCACUGUGAGGGAACAGGAGAGGAGUCGAGCAGCUGGAGACAAGGUUUUCCUGUCUGAAAACGAAAAGAGAGAAUAUUACAACCACGCGCAGAAUGAAAAAGAAGUGGUGGAAAAAGCUUUCACAGUUGAACCAGGACAGUCAAAAGAAAACAACAGAGUUAUAGAGGGAGGAGAUAGGAACAGCAAAACCAUUUCAGCAAACAUGAACCUGAACGGCCACAGUGAGCCACAGGGAGAUGCCCAGGGACAAUUAGUGAAGAGUAGUGAAACUAACAAUCAAAAACUGACUAAGAAAUGUCAAACCGUACGACGCUCGGAAGAAAGCAGCAACGGUGUCGCGACUGCAGGAGAGUCGGAGCUGAACAGCCAUGCUGAGCCGAUGGAGGUGGAAGCAGCUGAAACCUCAACUCCAGAUUCCUCUGCAGCUGUCGGCGGGGACAGGGACAAAAACACAGAGCGGAGUGCGAGGCGAGUGACCCGGGCUCUGAAGAACGCUGUGCUGCAGCAGCAGAAAAGUGAUGUGGGCAAAGCUCUGCAGAUCCUGGACCAGAACCUUCCUCUGGUGGUGGACAGAGACAAAUUAAAGGAGCUGUUGGACAGCGUAGUGACCAAGACUGAUGGCUUCGAGGUCGACAAGCUGGAGAAACUCUACGCACUGCUCUGCCAGAGCAUUUAUAGACACAGACGAGACUUCAACAAAAUCACACUAAUACAGGAGAUGCAGCAGGAGAUUGAAGACUUCUGUUGACUUUUCUACGGGAACAAUGUGACCUAUUUUAAUGACUGCUCAUUGUCUUUCUCAAAUGUGUACAUAUACCCACAUUGGUUCUAUUUUCAUAGAAAUCUACACAGGCACCUCUACUGGUGCAUUAGCCAAAACCUUGUAACCUCUUUUGUUCAUAUUUAAUUAAAUGGCUUUCCUCUAAA